AUGCAAGCACCAGCAAUAUCAACACGGUUCACCCGAAUAUUCGGUUGUCGUUAUCCAAUUCUUUUGCCUGGCAUGUCUUGGAUCUCCAAUCCCGAGCUCGUCGCGUCCGUUUCGAAUGCAGGAGGUGUUGGCAUUCUGGCCACUGGUCCUUUGACUGCCGAAGAAACGCGGGAUUCCAUUCGCAAGAUUCGAAGUCUCACAGACCAACCAUUUGGAAUUGGUGCUACGCUCCUCAUGCCAGGUGCCAAAGAGAACGCCAAGGUAGCUCUAGACGAGCAGGUUCCGAUUAUCAAUGUGAGUCUGGGAAAGGCAACCUGGAUCGCCGAUGGCCUCGCCCAGUACGGAGGGAAGAUGAUUGCUACAGUGACCAAUCAAAAGCACGCCCUGGGAGCGCUUGAGGCUGGUGCCGAUGCUCUCAUGGUGACUGGGCAUGAAGCUGCUGCUCAUGGGGGCGAUGUUACAUCUCUAGUAUUGAUUCCUUCCUUCCGCAAGCACUUUCCGGACACUCCCAUUCUAGCAGCCGGAGGAUUUGCCACAGGUCAAGGACUUGCUGGAGCCUUGUCUCUUGGUGCCGAUGGUGUGGCCAUGGGCAGUCGCAUGGCAGUGACGAGGGAAAGUCCAUUGGCUGAGGCUACCAAAUUGGCAAUUGUCAGCUCGGACGAAUCAGAAACUCUGUUUGGAUCCAAAUUUGACGGCAUCCCAGCUCGGGUGUUGAAAACGCCCAAAUCACAACAGGCAAUGGACCGACGACCCUCAUUUCCAGUAGUAGCACAUCGGGCAUUUCAAGCUGCACUGAAAAUGGGGAUUCCACUGUGGAAGGUGCUACCAGGCUUGUUGACACAAUUCGAGAAAAUGUUUAUCAUUGCCCAGUUUGGUGCCGCCACAGAGGCCAUCCAAGCAGCAACAGUUAAUGGAGACCUGGAAAAUGGCGUUCAAUUUGUUGGGCAAUGUCAAGGACUCAUUGAUGACAUUCCCAUGGUCAAUGACUUGGUGCAACGAAUCGUAUCCGAAGCAAGGCAGGCGCAUGAGGACCAAGCGACUUUCUAUGGUGAGGAUGAAGCCAUGCCCCAAAACAUUCGUUCCAUGUAG